AUGGAUGCUAGUUUUCGCGUGCUUGAUCUGCCAUCAAGUCAGAGCGGUCCAGUCGCAGGCAAUGAAGAUGUUUCUCAAGAGAAUUUCACGCCUCUUUUACAUGAAUCCUUUACGACGCCACCGCUGCUGCCCAAUGCGAGUUGGGAAUCGGGUAUCCAAUCUGCAGGGUCUGACUUUGGCCAUUCUACUCUGAAUGCGAAUCCUCCAAAGAUAGGCACACGCUUUUCUCGGGAAUCAUCCAGAAUAUUGACAAAGUGGUUUGAAAAUAACUACAAUUAUCCGUAUCCAAGCAAAGAAGAAACAGAAACACUACAGGAUCAGACCGGCCUGUCUAAAACGCAGAUCAAGAACUGGCUCGCCAAUACCAGGCGGCGAGAAAAGAUGCACCAGAGCAUACAGUCCUCGCGGAAGGCAACACCUGUAUUCCAUUCCAAUAAAGAGCCCAUAGAUAUUCCAAGACGACCAGAUACGCCUACAGUCCGGACAAAGAAUGAUCACCAGGCCAUGGGCCCUCUUGAACGCUGGGUCGACUCACCUCCAGAGAGUGAGCCUGCAACGGUCACUGCUAUUGCCAAAGCAAUCCAGCGUGCUACGUCGGCACGAAGUGAGCCAUUGUCGAAAGCUAUGGACGAUGGAUCCGGCCACUCUAUCAACGAAUCGUCAGACAAUAGCUAUGGGACAUCCAGUGGGAGCUCACUCACCUCAAUAUACUCAUAUGGCUCCAGUGGCUCUUUCACGGGGGUGCCAGCUCCAAUGCGUAGCAAGUCGCGACGUCGAAAGCGGAGGCUGCUUCCAAGACCGAGGAGGUCUCUGAUGGGCAAUAAGCAGCACCCAUUCCAAUGCACAUUCUGCGCGGAAUCGUUCAAAACUAAAUACGACUGGCAGCGACAUGAAAAGACUCUUCACAUACCUCUUGAACGGUGGAUGUGCUCUCCAGACGGACCACGGGCCAUCAAUGGCGAAACUGGCCAACUGGUUUGUGUCUUUUGUGGUAAACCGGAGCCAUCCGAUGGCCAUAUCAAUAGUCACAACCCAAAUUCUUGCCAAGAACGAAUCUUUAAUAGAAAGGACCAUCUUAAGCAACAUUUACACCUGGUACACAAAUCGAAACUAGUGGAUGCGGUUACAGAAGGCUGGAAAAAGUCGACUACCAUAAUUCGAUCACGGUGUGGGUUUUGUGGAACCUAUCUGGACUCGUGGAAUGACCGAGUUGAGCAUUUAGCUGACCAUUUCAAAAUGGGCAAAACUAUGGCUAAUUGGACUGGUGAUUGGGGCUUCGAAGAUGCCAUUAUAGGUACACUCGAAAACGCCCUUCCACCAUAUCUUCUCGGUGAAGAAAGAAGCAGCCCGUUUCCAUUCGAAGCAAGCGAUAUAUCACCGGAGUCCCCUCGUUCAGCUUACGAACUACUCGUCGUCGAGCUCUCAUGCUUUGUCGAAGCUUAUCAAGACAGAACUGGGCUGAUUCCUGGUAAUGACGCAAUGCAGCUUGAAGCCUGUCGCAUCAUCUUCGCCUCCGAGAUAUCGUCGCUGGAAGUAGACCCACAGCCUUCAUGGCUGCGUGACUUAGUCUUGUCAAACGAGAUUAUUACUACUCAAGCGCAAUUUCUUCCUAUACGAACACCAUCUGAGGGAAGGCUUCGAACACUCGAGAUUAGAGGAAAGAAAACGUUAUUCGAAGAAUGUCCCCUUGAGGCGCAACUUCAUACUUUCGUCCUUGCAGAGGCUUUGGUCAAUCAGACAACAAUCUCCGAUGCUCGUUUACAGAUUGAGACUCGUAAAAUAGUCACACAAAUGCAACAGAGCUUACAGCUGUCCUUGUCUGAUUUGGUGUACACGUGGUUUAUGGCGUUGAUACAAUCGUCCUCGACUGAUUGGCUCAAUCACUUUAGACAACGCGCGAAUCUUCCUGCCACUCAACCUAGUAUCUCAUCUAUAUCCUCGACUUUGAUCGGCCACUCGACUCUAUGGACUACAUCUGGCACAAUUCUAGACUCACCAUUUAUUGAUACUACGCAGUUUGACACUCUCAUGAUACAUAAUGAAGAGACUAUCCAUGAGGGCAGUCAAAAUAAGAAAGCUUUGCUUGGGGAGUCAAGCACUUGGCCUGCAAAUUCUGGUACUAGCACGCUUUCAUCAUCACAGCAACCCUUUCCACCUCGAGCCCCGACAUUGGGCCAAGAAAUCUUCACUCACGGGCCGAUAAACUUUGAAACAGCGGUCAGCUCUGGUUCAGAGGCGAGCAAAAGCACAUUUCCUCCAAACCAAGUGGAUGCUGGCUCACAGACUCAAAACGCUGGUGUUCAUAUGGGAGCCUAUAGGCUCCAUGAUCCCAAUUUCUACAACUGGCUGGGUCGGGAGCUGGGACGCUGGGUUACGUCUACCAUGUCUCCAAAUAACCCAAAUUGCCAUAUACCAUCCGACAAGGAGAUACAGCAUCAUGCUCGCUUUUUGAUGUAUGACGACGAUGAUCCGUGGAAUCAGACAGUUGCUGAUAAUGCAGAGUGGUUGCACCGGUUCAAGACCGGUGUUGGCAUUGUGACAGAAUGA